AUGCUCAAGCGGUCGUGCGAGAUUGCACAAGUCGAGACGAGCGAACUCGCAGAUGCGCUCACGACCAUCAACGCGACAUUGAGCGAAUUGGGCUUCGAGAUCCGGCAUACGAUCGAACAGAGGACGGGCAAAGCUUGCUAUGUCUUUGUGAACACGAUGGAAGACAAAGCCAGCGCUGCUUCGAGCGACAUGAAUCACGCAGAACUGAGCUACCUCAAAGUACUCAUUGGCAAGAUACUCGGCGAGCCAAGUCUGCGUUAUUGCAUCGAUCAUGCAGAAGCGUUACGCGCGUCGAAUGACAAAUCCAUCCAACCUCAGAUCACAAAGACGCAAGCGCAAAAGACGCUGUCCAUCUACAUCGCAAAGGGUUGGCUCGAGAAGAGUCCGAAAGGCAACUACUGCCUCUCAACGCGUACACUGGUCGAGCUGGGCAAGUUCUUCGAAGGCUACGAAGCAGAGACGCAAGACUGGCAGUGUGCUUCCUGCCUCUCUCCUGUCACCAUCGGCUACCAAUGUGCUAGCUGUCCCACGCGGCUACACAAGUUCUGCGUCACACGAGGAACAGGUAGACAGCACAUCUGUCCAAAGUGCAAAGUGGCUUGGCCUGCGACUAGCUCCCCUUGCCUCGUCAUCGGCGAAGACGCAGGAGUGAGGACGAAGCGUGCCAAAUCCGAAGAGCUUUCUUCUGGCGAGGCAGAAUCCGAGGAUGAUGUCUAG